AUGGUGUGGUUGUGUGCGUCAACUUUGAUUCAAGUCAUUUCAAUUAUCAUGUUUUUUCCAUCAAUAAUUCUCAACGUUUUAUUAUUGACAGCUAUUGAUUAUGAGAAGAAAAAUGGGAAUAAAUAUGAGUUUGUGAGUUUUGAUUCGGGUUACUGUGGAUUUGGAGGUACUGUAGAGGAUUCUCAGGGGUUACUGUAUAGCUCAACUUCCAUUCGAAAAUAACAGUGAUUUUUAUAGCUCGAUUUUUCUCGCUCAGAUUCAAGCCUAACAUGUUUAGGUUUGAGCAAAGACCCAUAUUUAGACCUAAACUUUAAAUACUCAAAUCUAGACUUUCCAUAAAAUCCCCCCUCAUUUCCUACAGUACAACACAAUAUUCCGCUUCACUGCUCAUACCAAUAUUGCCUAUACAAUUCUUCUCACAAUUCUCCAGCCAAUUCUAAUAGUUAGCCAAAGCUCAGUUUAUGUCGCAAUUCUGGGAAUCGGUUCAUCUUUCCCGAUUUUGCUCAAAAAUUUUCUAUUCGCCAUUUUUAUUGGCUUGUUGACGUUCAAGAAUUUGGAAUCACCCGUUGCACUUGGGUUACGGUAUUUCAAUAUUAUCAAGUAAGUUAGAGGGUACUGUAUUCUUAUGUUUGAUCAUAAUUUUUUCAGAAAAAUCGAUAUUUCCAAAAAGUUCAAGCCAGUUUUAAUUGUUGUUUUUCUGUUAUGCGUGGCAGCCACACUUCAUUAUUUCAUAUUUAUUUAUUUACAAACUCAAGAUUUCGCGCCAAAUUGGGAUAGUUAUCAAAAAUCGAUUUCGAGUUAUACUUGUAACAUAAAUAAUGGAUUUUUGGUGAUGGACAGGGUAGGUUCUAGAUUUAUUGGGCUUGGGCUCUAUAUAGGCUUGCGGCUACUCAGUUUUCAGGUUUCUCAGGGGCAGAAGACUUUCGAAGUCUUUGAUGGCCUAGAUAUCCAAUCCUGACCUAGUAAACCAACAAAAAAAAAUUUCACGGCUUUCCAGAUAGUCGCCUAUUACUUGUUCUGCGAAGCGAUUCCACUAAUUAUCGGUUUCGGAUUCUGUGUUAUUAUUGAUAUUUUUCUGGCUCGUCACAUUUUACGCAACAAUGACAAUCGAUCGAAAAUCGGAUAUCAUGAAUCGAAAAAUCUUGGAAUAACGUUGAUUUUGAUGGUGAGAUUGGGCUUCUGAAUUGCCACGUGGAUUUUAAAAUUAAAUUCUGACUAUCCAGCCACGUUAAAAAAACAUUUUGAAAAUUCUAAAUCCUAAAUACUGUUCAUUUAUUUUGCCAUGUGAAUUUUGAAUAAUUCUAGCCUGAAUAAAAUUAUUUUUUCGAAAUUCUAAAUUGCCACGUGGAUUUUUAGAUAAUUCAAAUUAAAAAAAAAUUCUCGAACUCAAAAUUCACGUGAUUUUUUUCAAUUUAUGGAAUUUUCCGAACUGCCACGUCAUCAAAAUCCUGUUUUUUUGAAAAAAAUUCUAAAUUUUUCACGUCACAGAAAUUGUUAAACAAAAAAAAAUUCACAUAAUAUUUUUUUCAUUUCUAAAAUUUUCACAAACUGAUACGUCAUCUCAUUCCAGAACAUCACCACCGUUUUCCUCCAAACCAUUCCCAUCCUAAUCUUCUCAAUCUUCGUAAUUCUCAAAACCGACGUCGGACUUCGCGCAAUUCCCACCCUUCUCGGCUCAUAUUUCAUGCCGCUUCUAUCGCCAGCAAUCAUUUUUUAUCACAUUCUUCCCUAUCGAAUUCAUUUGUAUCGAAGAUUUGGUUUACUGAAAUCCCAGGCAACUGUGGGACUUUCACAAACUUCAAUUUAG